AUGGGCAAAGAAAACGUCCAGGAGGACAGCCGGUCUGACGUGUCUAGCACACCACAAUUGCUCUUCCCAGAGACGGACCUCAGUCAAGGCAUUGUUGGAUGGGACGGGCAGAAAGACCCCCAAAAUCCCAGGAAUUUCUCCGCCAUAGCAAAAUGGACUUUCAUGGUUCUCGUCAGCUGCAUGAUUGUUUUAAGCUUUCUGGCAUCUUCUAUUAUUGCGCCUAGUGCUUCUCAGAUCAAUGCGGAAUUCCAUAACGACUCCGAGAUUCUGUCUUCUCUCGUAACCACAAUUUAUGUGCUUGGGUAUAUGGCUGGCCCUCUCAUCUUAUCUCCUCUCAGCGAGAUCUACGGCCGCCUCGCAAUUAUCCACCCUGCGAAUAUCUUCUUCACUCUUACCCACAUCGGAGCAGCACUUGCGCCCAACAUUGGACAACUUCUUGCGUUCAGGACGCUCUCAGGUCUUGGUGCAUCCGCAUGCCUUUCUAUCGGCGGCGGGCUGACCAUAGACCUCUUUGAUAUACACGAUCGCGGCAUGGUUAGCGCCAUUCUGACUCUUGGAUCGCUGUUCGGCCCCGUCUUUGGCCCCCUCAUCGGCGGCAUUAUCACUCAGCGCGCGGGUUGGAGGUGGAUCUUCUGGGUCCUCCUCAUUGCCUGUGCAGCAGUUACAUUAGCCAUGGGAAUUUUCGCACGGGAAACACAUCCUGAGGCAAUUAUCCGUCGGAAGGUGCAGGUUCUGCAAAAGGAGCUUGGCAGAAGAGAUCUGCAAAGUGCGUAUGAUGCCAGGAAGGAGGAUAAAACACCGAAGACCGCCAAAUACCUCCUCGCUCGCGGGCUUCUUCGCCCCUGGCAGAUGCUGUUCCGCUCACCACUGCUUCCGAUCGCUUCCCUUCAGGUGGGCUUCAUCUCUGGCCUACUAUACAUCCUUCUGACCACCACCUCAUCUUUUUUCCAAGAGGUCUAUGGUUGGUCUCUCGAAGCGGCCGGGCUCGCUUAUCUCGGCCUUGGAGGUGGUAGCGCCAUGGGCUUCAUCCUGUGCGCAAAGGCCUCUGACCUUAUCACUGUUCGACUGACAAAGAAGAACGGAAACGUCUACAAACCCGAGAUGCGUCUCGUUACAUCUUUUCUGCCGGCCUUCUUUAUCCCCAUCACUUUCUUCUGUUGA